CCUCGAUGCAGCGGCUGGUGCUCACAGCCGGCAGCCUCAUCGCCGACUUCCAGCUCUCGCACAGAGGCAUAGGAAAGGGAGGGCUGGACGAGCAGCUGGCCAACUCGCCUUUCACGCGGACCUGGGGGCUGUACGAGCGCGUCGCCGAGGCGAAGGACACGCCGCCCACCCGUGCCACGCCGCCCGCUGGCCUUCGCGACGCGGAGAGCUUCGCAUCGCUGGAGGCGGUGGACAUUCCUGCAGCGCUGCGGGCAGAGGAGGAGGCACCGAAGGUGUUGCCGCUGACGGCGUUCGAGGAGGAGGCGCCAGCGCUGCGGCGCGUCGGCACGCCGGAGGAGUCGCGUCGUGGCCCUCUCGAGACGACCACCGUGGUAGGCGCCCGUCCCGUCACGCCGCCCGCUGCCCUUCGCGACUCGGAGAGCUUCGCAUCGCUGGAGGCGGUGGACAUUCCUGCAGCGCUGCGGGCAGAGGAGGAGGCACCGAAGGUGUUGCCGCUGACGGCGUUCGAGGAGGAGGCGCCAGCGCUGCGGCGCGUCGGCACGCCGGAGGAGCCACAGAUGGGGCUCGCGGUCACGGCACACCGAGUUCGCCUGGACGGCGAUUUGUGGGGGCGUGUGGUCGACGAGUGGCCGGACCUGCUCGAGCAGGAGUUCACCAGCGAUGUGUGCGAUGCCACGGGGCUGCCGCCGACCUCGAUGCAGCGGCUGGUGCUCACAGCCGGCAGCCUCAUCGCCGACUUCCAGCUCUCGCACAGAGGCAUAGGAAAGGGAGGGCUGGACGAGCAGCUGGCCAACUCGCCUUUCACGCGGACCUGGGGGCUGUACGAGCGCGUCGCCGAGGCGAAGGACACGCCGCCCACCCGUGCCACGCCGCCCGCUGGCCUUCGCGACGCGGAGAGCUUCGCAUCGCUGGAGGCGGUGGACAUUCCUGCAGCGCUGCGGGCAGAGGAGGAGGCACCGAAGGUGUUGCCGCUGACGGCGUUCGAGGAGGAGGCGCCAGCGCUGCGGCGCGUCGGCACGCCGGAGGAGUCGCGUCGUGGCCCUCUCGAGACGACCACCGUGGUAGGCGCCCGUCCCGUCACGCCGCCCGCUGCCCUUCGCGACUCGGAGAGCUUCGCAUCGCUGGAGGCGGUGGGCAUUCCUGCAGCGCUGCGGGCAGAGGAGGAGGCACCGAAGGUGUUGCCGCUGACGGCGUUCGAGGAGGAGGCGCCAGCGCUGCGGCGCGUCGGCACGCCGGAGGAGUCGCGUCGUGGCCCUCUCGAGACGACCACCGUGGUAGGCGCCCGUCCCGUCACGCCGCCCGCUGCCCUUCGCGACUCGGAGAGCUUCGCAUCGCUGGAGGCGGUGGACAUUCCUGCAGCGCUGCGGGCAGAGGAGGAGGCACCGAAGGUGUUGCCGCUGACGGCGUUCGAGGAGGAGGCGCCAGCGCUGCGGCGCGUCGGCACGCCGGAGGAGCCACAGAUGGGGCUCGCGGUCACGGCACACCGAGUUCGCCUGGACGGCGAUUUGUGGGGGCGUGUGGUCGACGAGUGGCCGGACCUGCUCGAGCAGGAGUUCACCAGCGAUGUGUGCGAUGCCACGGGGCUGCCGCCGACCUCGAUGCAGCGGCUGGUGCUCACAGCCGGCAGCCUCAUCGCCGACUUCCAGCUCUCGCACAGAGGCAUAGGAAAGGGAGGGCUGGACGAGCAGCUGGCCAACUCGCCUUUCACGCGGACCUGGGGGCUGUACGAGCGCGUCGCCGAGGCGAAGGACACGCCUCCCACCGGUGGCACACCGCCCGCUGUCGUUUGCGACUCGGAGAGCUUCGCAUCGCUGGAGGCGGUGGACAUUCCUGCAGCGCUGCAUGCGCCGGAGCAGGACGAGGCGCCGGCGGCCGAGCGUGCCGCGGAGCCGCAGGAGACCCGCAUGGCUGCGUCGGCGGAGGCGCGGCCGUCGCGCGAGCUCUGGCAGUCCGUGGCGGAGCCGGAGGGCUACUCGCGCAGCGACCUCGGGUGUGCGGAGCCUGCAGCGCUGCAUGCGCCGGAGCAGGACGAGGCGCCGGCGGCCGAGCGUGCCGCGGAGCCGCAGGAGACCCGCAUGGCUGCGUCGGCGGAGGCGCGGCCGUCGCGCGAGCUCUGGCAGUCCGUGGCGGAGCCGGAGGGCUACUCGCGCAGCGACCUCGGGUGUGCGGAGCCUGCAGCGCUGCAUGCGCCGGAGCAGGACGAGGCGCCGGCGGCCGAGCGUGCCGCGGAGCCGCAGGAGACCCGCAUGGCUGCGUCGGCGGAGGCGCGGCCGUCGCGCGAGCUCUGGCAGUCCGUGGCGGAGCCGGAGGGCUACUCGCGCAGCGACCUCGGGUGUGCGGAGCCUGCAGCGCUGCAUGCGCCGGAGCAGGACGAGGCGCCGGCGGCCGAGCGUGCCGCGGAGCCGCAGGAGACCCGCAUGGCUGCGUCGGCGGAGGCGCGGCCGUCGCGCGAGCUCUGGCAGUCCGUGGCGGAGCCGGAGGGCUACUCGCGCAGCGACCUCGGGUGUGCGGAGCCUGCAGCGCUGCAUGCGCCGGAGCAGGACGAGGCGCCGGCGGCCGAGCGUGCCGCGGAGCCGCAGGAGACCCGCAUGGCUGCGUCGGCGGAGGCGCGGCCGUCGCGCGAGCUCUGGCAGUCCGUGGCGGAGCCGGAGGGCUACUCGCGCAGCGACCUCGGGUGUGCGGAGCCUGCAGCGCUGCAUGCGCCGGAGCAGG